CUAUGCUCCUAGCAGAUUGCACUUUCUAACCAGUUUGACAGUUAUAAACAGUUUAUUUUGACACGUCGAGUCUUGAGAGUUGAUUUUUUUUAGAAGUCAACAAAAGUUUUAAGAAGAAUUAAUCAAAUAUGGCACGAUAUUUCCGAGAAGAAGACAUUGAUGAAUUUCGAGAAUGUUUCUAUCUCUUUGCACGCAGUGGACAAAUCCGCACUCUCGAUGAAUUGACUAUUAUUAUGAGAUCUUUAGGUCUUAGUCCCACGAUUGCUGAAUUGAACAAAUAUUUAAAAGACAAAGGAGGGAAAAUGUCUUUUGCUGACUUUCUGGAAGUUGUGCAUCUUCAAACAAGAGCUGAGGAUCUUCCGACGGAAGUUAUAAAAGCUUUUCGAGCUGCAGAUACGUCGAGAACUGGCACCAUACCAGCUCGUCAAUUGGCACACAUGUUGCUCCGCUGGGGUGAGCGUCUCAGCAGUAAAGAAGUUGAACAAAUCUUUCGAGAGGCUAAUGUUUCCUUUAAUGGACACGUUAAAUAUGAAGACUUUGUAAAAAUUGCCUGUGCACCAGUACCUGAUUACUAUUAAACUCCUUUUGGGUUUACACGUUCAAAUAAUAAUUAAUCACGAGUUGAAAUUUUUUUUUAAUGGUUUGGGUAUUUUAUCCUUUAUUACAUUUUAUAUGAAAUGUAAAUUUAGUGUUUAUUUAUAAAAGGAAAAAAUGAGAUUUUUUCCAAAUAUCUUAUGUAUUUACAGAUCAAAUGGAAGUAUUAAACAUUUUAUAAAAAUUCA